GCAAAGACCAUUGAACGUGAUAAAGUCGUUUCAUCAUUUGCGUCCAUUCGAGUCCACGUGAAUUUUAUCCAAUAUUACUACUAAUAUUUGGUUAGUUAGUAAAUAAUUCUUAAUUUUGAGACUCGUUAUCAUAUCAUUUGUAUAUAUAUUCUGAAUCAUAAAACAAGUGUUUUCGUUGGUAGUAUAUUUGUGAUAGAUCGAAUUCCCUAGAUUAACAAUACGUAUAAAAAGUGUGUUCGUGAAAGCUACUAAAGAUAAGUGAAAUAGCAAAUAUGAAGAUUCUGAGAACUGCUAUGCUGUUCACCUUUGUUCUGGGAUGCUAUACCUUGAGUGUCACUGCUUCUGCGAUUCCCAUGUGGGAAUUCCUCUCCAGGGGUGAGAAAGCGAGUUACUUGUUAAGAGUAUUCAGCAUGCAAGUAGCCAAGUAUUGUGCGGAUUCAUCCAUGCCGGAUUGCAACAAAAAUUUAUUGGUUGCCGGGAUGAGGAACUUAGCUAACAUGGACAAUAACAUACUCGAUCAAUUGGAUCCAUAUCAACGUGACGCGAAAGGACUUAUUUGGCGGGCCAUGAUAAAAAACGCAUAUUUUCCGAGACUUGCUCCUAAGCCAGAUGAAUUCUAUUUCUCCAUCGGAACAGAUUCAUUAGCUGUCGGUGAUAGCGAUGUAAACGGCAUAGGAGAAGAAACAAUGGCAACACACGAUUAUAUACAACCAUCCUCUGAGCACACUGGUCCAUAUCUAGUUGGACCAAUGGUGAUUAGAGUGUAUCCGGAUGGUCGACCAGUUCCGGAAGACACAACGCGUCCUCUACCUCGCGAUGAAGAUAUGGAAGAAUUCAGGCGCUCCAGAGUACCUUCAGUCGAGGAAAUUAAAACUGAUAGUGAAUUCUAUGAGAAACAAUUGAAAGGAAACUCAUUCGCGGAAGCCAAUAGUCAUCGACAGUCUCAAGAGGAAUCUACUCGAUUCCGAAGUAGUCAUUCACCAUUUAAGAGACGAUUACUUCAAGAAGUAACUGCAAAGCGUAAGAUACGGCACCAUUGAACAAGAAGAGUUUGGACUGGCGAUAAAGAGUCGAAGAGCCUCGUCAUGUAGGCGGCUAUAAAAUUUGUUGAAUGUUGUUAGAAGUAAUGACAGAAUAAGAAAUUAUGUUUGUUCUUCAGAAAGUUAAAACUAUUGGAAGGUAUAGGAAGAGGUAAUGAAUAAACUGCAGAUUUUUAUGCAUUUAUAGGAAAUUGCACAGAAUGCACUCAAAAUAUGAAAAAAUAUAUAAAAUAUACAAAGUAUAGUAGUGCUCUCUAUAAUAUUAGAUUGUCAGAAAAGUGUCUUUCUUUUACAGACAAGUCUUUUACAACGAUGCAUCUUUAUACAAACAUGAAACCUAAUCUGUCGAACGUUGUGAUCUUUAUUUUGAUAGAACAAAAUAGAUCAUACGUAAUUCGAUAAAAUAAUAUAAAACGGAAAAUGUUGUGCAUCCAUUAUUUCCUUAUAAAACAAAAGGAACUUUUCGGACGACCUAAUACUUGGCAGAUAAAACGAUAUUUUCAUUGAAGUUUUCGUUUUUAAUUAUAUUCUCAAAAAUAUGAAUUUGCAUAAAAAUCUGUAGUCUCAGAAUGAAAUUUACUUUGAGAUGUUGAAAGUCUUAUAUGGAAAAUAAUAUCUUCGGUAGGUAUAAUGAAGACACAUUUGCAAGAAUUUGGGUCAAUUUAUAUUCUAUUCAGUUUCUAUAUUCAGAACUGUCGUAGUUAUUUCUUGUAGUUGUGAAAAACUGGUCUUUCAUAAAAGAGAUAGCUGUUUGUUAUAGAUUAUAGUUGAAGAUUAUUUCUUGAUGAAGAGUUAAUAUUUCAAUCAUUUAGUCGUUUUGAACAAUUUAUUGCAUGUAAGAGAAUGAAUGGAGAGUGAUACUUUUCGAUAAUUUUAAUUGUUUAUGUGCACAUUCUUAGAUAAUAAUCUCGUAAAGCUUAAUAGCGAUGAGUUUGAAAAGACUGCUUUUGAUAAUGGUAUUCAUAUGUUUCGUGUUAAUGAUCAUACCAACUUCUAAAAACAUUUACUACAGAAUGUAAUAUUUAGGAAGUUAAUUGACGAUUGGUCGACGGUUGAAUCGUUUGUAGUUUUCAACCUUAAAUAAGUAUAUUAAUAAGUACUUCAAAUUAGUAUAUGUACUCCUCUUUUUUUAUAUUUCUGCACACUUUUUUAUACGUAAAUAAUGUCGACCAUGAAUGUUGUUAAUCACACAGUUUUCCAUUAAUUUAUUAUUUAUUUCAUCAUCUAUAAAAGUAUCAUUUAUUUUUACAUUGAUUUCAUUUAUAAUUUCACACACUAUUCAAAUAAGCAUGAAAAUAGACCAGUUCUUUUUGUUAUUUGAGAUAUUUCCAAGUCUCAAUUAGAUUUUCAGUUGUUUUGUUUGCUUUUAAGGUACAUAUCUUUGUGGCAUAAGGGAACUUACCUCGCUGAAAAUUUAUUAUUUUUCAUGCUGAGUGAAUAUACGUACAAAAGUCAUAAUAUAAUGAAAUAUAUUUUUGUGUAUACAAUAAUAUUUGCGUUCGUUAAAAUAUUAUAUUUAUUGCAGUCGUGUAAUAAAUUUCGAAAACGGUGAAAGUGGCGAUUUGUAAAUAUAUAAUUUGAGUUUUGGUAUUUUAUAUUUUAUGAAAAUUUUGUACAUAAUGUGCAAUUUCGAGAUUUAUAUUUGCAUAGAGCACAAUAUUAGAAUUUAUUUUAGGAUGAUGAGCCCAUAUGUUAUACAAAUAUGUAGUCUAAAUUUUGUAUAAAACUGCUCAUAAAUAUUUGUAAGAUGUGGUAAGAUUAAUAUUAAAGUGAGAGAGAUAGUUUGUCAUUAUAAAUAUUUUUAAGCUACAGAUGAUUUAAAAUAAAAUGUGAUAUUUAA